AUGAGCGAAGACGUCACCCCGCCUCGCCCCAAGGUGAAGAAGCUCCCCUUCAAGCCGACUGCUCUGCGCCUCGCCACGCCGUCUGAUGACACCGGUCUUGAUGAUGGGCUCGACCUGUUUCGCAGGUGCAAGGAGAUGGAGCCGAUCAAGGCUGCCGAUCGCAAGAGGAGAAUGAGGAGGAAGCAGAAGCAGAAGCAGAAGCAGGAAGAGGAAGAGGAAGCGCGACGAAAGUCGGCUGAGUCCGCCAAGAGGCCGUUGGACGACCAUGACGACGGCGAAUUCGAGGCCGCCGUGGGUGCGCAACCACACAAGUCCCCUCGGAUAGACAGGAGAGGCACACCUGCUACUUAUCCGUCCAAGGAUGGAGAUGUCUCGGUCAGUGACUUGGUUACGCCGCCGGCGUCGAAACGCACACGCCCAGACUUGACCCCGUCAAAGGGUGCGAAGCUCCACGUGGAAAAUAUAGACUCGUCGCCGGGCGACUCACCCUCCGCUCGACUUUUGCGCUCUCAUACCAAAACCGCCCCGCCGGCCAGCUUGCACCGGGUGGCGCGCAUGCCAAAGGCGGCACCGGCACCAGUCGUGCUCAUCGAGUCGGAUGAUGACGACGUUGAGGCGAUGCCGGGCAGUAAACAGCGAGGAGAUGGCAUAGAAAUCCUAGAGUCAAGCCUCGCGGCCACCGCCUCCGACGAGGACGACAGCGACGGCGACGAAUUUUCCGAAUAUGUUCGCAAGGCAGAGGAGCAGCGCGCACGGGACCAGAUGCUUAGCGUCGGCGCGGAUGGAGAAGCGACAAAGAAGCCCAUUGACAUUCUCGUCACGUCGGUUGUCCGAGGCACCAAGCCCUGCUGCUUCAAGUUUCUCUUCGACAAACAGCUGCGCAUCGCUCGCAACACAUGGCUGACGCUGCAGCAUCGCAAAGGCAUCCUCCUGGACGUACAAAGGGAAGACGACAUUGUGCUCACAUGGCGGAGGCAAAGAGUCUAUACCUUCUCUACAUUGCUGACGCUGGGUAUCCGGCCUCAGGGCAAUGGGCGGGCCGUCGUGGACGGGAAUGGCUCAGAGGGCCUGGCUGACGGUCAGACACGAGUGCACAUGGAGGCGUGGACGUUGGACCUCUUCCGCGAGAUGGAGCGCGAGGAAGAGCUACGCAAGAAACGAGAAGCAGGUGAAUUAUCGGACGAGGACGACGCGGCAGCACCAGAAGAGCCGUCGGCCGAAGAGGUCAAGAUUCGCGUCAUCCUCAAGGCGCGGAACUUGGAAGACGUCAACUUGACAGUGCGGCCAGAAACGACAGUCGAGACGCUCAUCACCGGAUUCCGCGCGCAGCGGUCGAUAGGGUCCGAAAAGGACGUGGGCCUUUGGUUCGACGGCGAGAGGUUAGAAGAGCACGUCACCAUGGACGAGGCCGAGAUUGACGACAUGGACACGUUUGAAGUCCACGUCAGGCAGGGCAUAGUGGCGUGUCAGCACGAAUGA